UACGGUGGCUUUGAAUUUGACAUCGAGGUGGAGGCAAUAGCGGAGAUCACUGAAACCAGUAUCAUGCCGACAACAGUACAUAUCACACAACAACAGCAGCAGGAUACAUUGCAGUCUCUCUGGGUCGAUACAGUUCGUUUCGGUGGCCCAAGAGCAGUACGAAUGGCAGCGUUACUGUUGUUGGCUACGUUCGUUGGCAUGUUGGUUUCUAGUUUGGUGCUAGGCUGUUCCCGAUUGCUCGCAUUUCCUGCGACUUCUGCUGGAACUGUGACGGUAUUCUCGGAGUUGAUGGUUGUCGAGCUUGGGAGAGCAGAGGGAAGUGCGGCUUCAGCAUAUGGAGUACACAAGUAUGAUUUAUAUUGGUUAUGUAUACCCUUCCUAGAUUACGCCGAGCGCUUGUCGUCGACAAAUGGGCGGGUUGAUCGAGCAGACGGCCCGGGGAUUUUGCGAGAAAAAGUUAUGAUUGGUCGUAUCUUUUGUAUAUCAGUUCGUCAAGUCAAGGCGGAGCCUGUUGACAAUUCCGGAGCUGACGGUUCAGAGUGGUAG